AUGGACACCUAUUCGUAUCAUGAGUUCAUAUUCAAGCGCUUGCUUUUCACUCUGAUCACAUGGCUUCUUCUCUUACUUGCUCGCUCUUUGUCUUAUAAUCUGCAAUAUCCACUUUGCCAUCAAGAUGAGAGGGUAGCUUUGAUGCAGUUCAAGGAUAGUUUUCUCAUAAACAACACUACUUGCAAAUAUAAGAAUAUGGAGAAUCGCGAGGUUGCAUCUUGGAGAAUAGAAGGAAAUAAUACCAAUUGUUGUGCAUGGGAUGGGGUUGAAUGCAACCAAGUCACGGGUCAUGUCAUUGCCCUCAACCUUUGGAGCAGUUGUUUUUAUGGUUCUCUCACCUCAAACAGUAGUCUCUUUCGCCUUCUUCACCUUCAGGAGCUUACACUUGUUUUUAAUGACUUCAAUCACUCGCAAAUCCCAUCUGAGAUUGGUAAUCUUUCAAGCUUAACACAUCUUGACCUCUCCUAUUCCUGGUUUUCAGGACCAAUCCCCUCAGAAAUUCAAUACCUAUCCAAGUUGUCUUCACUUUGGAUUCAGUCUCUUGAUUCUUAUAAUUUAUAUACCAGAAGUCUAACAAGUUUAGUUCAAAAUUUAACCAACCUUGAAUUGCUUGAUUUUUCUGGUGUCAACAUAUCUUCCACUGUACCUGAAAGCUUGACAAAUUUAUCUUCUUUAAAAUAUCUAGAUCUAAGUACCUGCAAACUGUAUGGGCGAUUUCCAACCAGAAUUUUUCAGCUACCACACCUACAGGAGCUAGCUGUAGCAAGCAAUGAAGAUCUCACUGGCUAUUUGCCCGAAUUUCACACAAGCUCUCCUCUUGUGUAUUUAGCACUUGGAGACACAAAUUUCUCUGGUAAUCUGCCUGCUACAAUUGGAAACCUUAAUUCCUUAACUGCCUUUGCCAUUGGUAAUUGUAAUUUUUCAGGAACCAUCCCAAAUUCGUUCAGUAACCUUACCCAACUCAUUAUGCUAAACCUUUCACAAAACUCAUUCAGCGAGUUGUCUUGGCUCCCUAGAGCUAGUUCAAGCGACAUUCUUCCACAGAUUCAAAAUUUAGGAUUGGCAAAUCUCGGCUUAACAAAGUUCCCAGAUAUAUUACGAAACCAUAGUAAAUUGUUCAACCUAGAUCUAGCAGGCAACAAUCUUCAAGGCUUGAUACCCAAAUGGAUGUACAAUGUAAGUAAAGAAUCUCUGCAGCGUUUUCACCUUUCUAACAACUAUCUCAUUGGCUUUGAAAAUUCUCCUGCAAUUAUCCCAUGGCCGAAACUAGACUAUUUAAGCCUUGAGAAUAACAUGAUGCAUGGAUCACUCCCAAUUCCACCACCAUCCCUAAGGUUUUAUUUUGUCAGUAAUAAUUCAUUCACCGGAAGGAUUUCACCAUUUAUUUGCAAUAUGAGUUCACCUCGAGUGCUUGAUUUGUCCUAUAACUAUUUGAGUGGCACGAUUCAUCCAUGUCUAGGCAACUUGAGUCAAUCUUUGUCAGUGCUACAACUACGAAGAAACAACUUUGGCAGCAACAUCCCAAAAACAUGGGCAAAAGAAUGCAGCUUGAAGAUGAUUGACUUAAGUCAAAACCAAUUACAAGGUCAUUUGCCAAGAUCUUUAGCCAACUGUAUGGAGCUUGAGUAUCUACAUGUUGGGCGCAAUCAAAUCAAUGAUACCUAUCCCUUUUGGUUAGGAACUCUUCAACAAUUGAAGAUUCUUGUUCUCCAUUCUAAUGGCUUCUACGGUUCAAUGAGGAGUUCGGAAACAAAUUACACAUUCCCCGACUUGCAUAUUAUUGACCUCUCUCACAACCAUUUCUCUGGACAUUUGUCUGCAAGAUACUUCGCACAAUGGGAUGCCAUGAAAUCCAUUGGUGUAAAUAAUUUAAAUUACAUGGGUUCUGAGGUGAGCUAUUCAAUUAUAAUAACAAUAAAAGGUGUGGAGUUGGAAUUUGAGAAGAUCCAAGAUGGCCUUACAGUCAUAGAUUUCUCUUGCAACAGAUUUGAAGGAGAUAUUCCAGAAAAACUGGGGAAUCUGAAAGGACUUCAUGCCCUCAACCUUUCCAAUAAUGCUUUCACUGGUCAUAUCCCAUCAUCAUUUGGGAACUUGAAACAGCUAGAAUCAUUAGACCUUUCUCAAAACAAAUUGUUUGGAAAGAUACCUCCUGAAUUAGUCCAGCUCAAUUUCCUUUCAAUCUUUAAUGUGUCACAUAAUUGCCUCACUGGACCUAUACCACACGGGCAACAGUUUGAAACAUUUUUAAACAAUUCAUUCAAAGAUAAUCCAGGAUUGUGUGGAUGGCCAUUGUCCAAAAUCUGUGGAGAUUCCAACAGUUCAACACCUCCACCUUCAACCUUUGAAGAGAAUCAGGGUCCAAUUUUCUUUGAAUUUGGUUGGAAAGUAGUUGUGAUGGGAUAUGGAUGUGGAUUCAUAUUUGGAGUUGCUAUCGGGCACAUUGUGACAACAAGAAAGCAAGAUUGGCUCAUCAAGAUUUUUGGCCAGAAACAACGCCAAACUCAAAUAAGGGUGAAUCAUAGGUAG